AUGCGAGCCUCACAGACUUGGGGCCUUGCCCUGAGUCUCCUGAACGGCGUUAUUGCCAAGAACAUCUACGUCUCCCCAGCAGGCAAAGGCUCAGGUACGCUCGAAAGCCCCUACGGAUCUAUCCAGAGUGCCGUCAACGCCGCUGCCGCUGGCGACACCAUUUUCCUUCGAGGAGGCACAUAUGCGCCGUCUGCCAAUAUCCAAAUCAGCAAGAGUGGAACCAGGACAGCUCCCAUCUCCGUUCGGCCGUACCAGAAUGAGAAGGUCAUCAUCGAUGGGGAGAACAUGCCUGGAACGCCAAAGGCGCUCAACGAAGCACUUCCCAAUGCUGAGCGAGGCAUCUUCCACAUUCAAAACGCCCAGUACUGGGCGUUCUACAAUCUUGAGCUGAUCAACGGGCCAUACGGGAUCUACGCCCGUGAUGCUUCUCACAACUACUACGAAGGGCUCUCGACGCACGACAACUACGAGACGGGCUUCCAACUCGAGGGCGCCUCGUCGAACAACACGGUCCUGAACCUCGACUCGUACCGGAACCGGGACCCGCGCAAGAACGGAGAGAGCGCCGACGGCUUCGCCUGCAAGAGCGGCUCGGGCGAGGGCAACGUGCUCCGCAACGCCCGGCUCUGGGACAACGUCGACGACGGCCUCGACCUGUUCAUGUUUGGCUCGCCCGUCGUGCUGGAGGAGGUCUACGCCUGGGGCAACGGGUACAACCGGUGGGGGUUCGCGCCGUUCGAGGGCGACGGCAACGGCUUCAAGCUGGGCAUCACGGGCAACCCGCCCGCCAACCACGUCGUCCGCAACUGCAUGGCGUUUUCCAACCUGAAGAAGGGCUUCAUCGACAACGGCAACCCAGGCUCGCUGACCAUGGAGCGUAAUACAGCCUGGAAUAAUGGGGAUUUGGGCUUCCACAUGCGCAGCUCGUCGUCCACCCUGCGGGCCAACAUUGCCGUAUCCAACGCCGGGAGCUCGCAGGUCAGUCUCGUCAGCUCCGUCAAGGCGUCAGGCAACUCCUGGCAGUCGGGCUCCUGGUCCAACAGCUCGUUCGCCAGCAGAGAUCCUGCCACGCUCAAGGGCGCCCGCGGCUCGGAUUGCAAGGUUCGGCCGAGCAACUUUCUGCUGCCCACGUCGGGCGCUGCCAUUGGGGCGACUACGCAGCAGGAGGUUUGA